AUGGCUCAAAAGUUUAUUAUUAAUGAUGAUGUCUUAGAAAAAGCAAUCAAAAUACUUGAAAAUAGAUCUUUUAUUGAGAAUAAGGAUAGCAAGUAAACUCUAAUGAAUGGACUUUGCCAGAUAGACCAUUUUAAAACAUUGAUGAGGGAUCCAUCUCUGUGCUUUUAUUUAUAUCCAUAUUUGGAGGAUUUUGUUUAAUAAGUGACAUAUAGACCCAUCCCAAAAGGGAAAAUUCUUUUUCAUGAAGGUGAUAAUGUAAACAAUCUAUAUUUUGUUAUGAGAGGAUCAUUUGUAGAAUUUUAGAUUAAAUCUGAGGGAGAUUUAGAAUAAGAAAUGUAUUGGGAGUAGUAGGCAGGACAGUACAAGUAAUAACUAACUCAAAUUCAAAAAAAUCAAUUAGAAGUAUAGGAGAAAAAGAAAAUGUAGCUAUAAGAAAUAUAAAAGAUACAAGCAAGCUAUUAAAAGUAAGGUUAGUAUGGAAAUGAUUCUGCUAGAGGUGAGACUACAACAACAAUAGGCCAGACAGCAACACUUAAUUAAAUAGGAUAAAAUUAAAAAAGCUUAAAAACAUUAACAGUUAUCCAAGAUGACAAAACUUAGCAAUCAAAAAGAAGUUAUAGGACGAAAGAGCAACCUAGAAAAUCUGGAUCACUAGAAGAAAUAUACUUUACAGAUGAGUUUAAGUAAAAAUAAUCUAAGCUUUAAAGCAUGAGCAGCAUGUAUUCUGAAGCAACUAGGUUCUAUCAAGGUAUAGAAUAUGAGUAAUUGCUCAAAAUAGAAAAUAAGUACUAAGAAAGAUAUUUUAAAAACAAUAAAUGCCUAUUUAAAAAAACGCAUACUUAUUCAGCAGGUAUGAGCUUUGGUGAACUUCAUAACUUUGAUACUUUACCUGAUGGAAACUUAAAUUCUUAUAGGAAAACGAGUUCAAAAAGCACUGUUGUAUGCAGCGAAAAUUCCUUUUUAUUAUAAAUAUCUUGUAAAGCUUACUAGCGUAUUUUCAGUAAAUUAACAGAAAAAAUUAAUUUUGUCUUUCAUGUUUUGGCAAAUUGCUUUCCUUCAGUAAAGAAAGUUAUUUUGAAUGAAUUUGCCUUCUAAUUUAAUGAGUAAACUUUAGAGUAUAAUUAGCACCUUUUUUCUGAAGGAGAACCAUGCAAUUAUGUAUAUAUUAUGUAAGGUGGAGAAAUUGAUUAUAGGAAGUAAAUAACUAUUCGUGGUGAACUUGUUGAAAAAAGAAUAGGAAUGGUAAAUUAAGGAGAAAUUUUCGGACAUGAGGAUAUUUUUUAAUUAUCUAGAUAGUAUUCUGUGUACUCCUGUGUUAACAAUUCAGUUGUUUACAGAAUUAAGAAGGAGUUCUUAUUAAUAUCCUAAUUUAUUUAGCCUCUAAAAUCAUAUGUAAAGCAAAGAUAGGAAUACCUUAGUAAAAGAGUUUAAGAUAUUAUUCAAAGAAAUACUGAUUUAAUAGAGUAGUAGGAAGAAUAAGAUAAAUAAAAAAAUUAAAAAUAAUAACAAAAUUUUAGCAUAUACAGCUUAGAUAAAACAGCUAACUCUACCCAUUAAAUUCAUUCUAAUUCAUUAAGGUAACUUGAAUCUAAAUCUCAUUCAAAAUUAAACCAUUAAACGAAUAAUCAUAUCCAUUCUUUAUCUCACAUCCCAGUAAAUGCUAAUCUGAAGAGUCAAAAACACACUUAAAACAACUAAACUGAAAACAGUGCUGGACUUUUUCAAUCAGCUAAAAAUAUAAAUUUAGGAGAGAACGACUACCAUUUAACAUUUAAAAGUUUAACUAAAUUAGAAAUACUUUAAUCAUAAAGCAAUACAAAAACUGAAGAUUAAAGUAAAAAUGAAAACACUUCUUAAAAAGAGAAUUAAUAAAAUUAAUAAAAUAAAAAGAUAAAAAAUGCUUAAUUACAAACAACCAGGGCUCAGCCAGAAAGUGUUUAUUCUCGUAUAAUUAGACCAGAUUCUGCAUUUAAAGAGGAAUUAGAUUAGAUGAAGAAAGAAUAAGCAGCGUAGCUUUCAUAAUUCAACAGCAGUGAUAUUAUGUCAUCAGGACAUUUACACGAUUAUACUUCAUCUUCUAAAUUUCUUUCCCUAAAUAAAAUGUAUCGAGGCAAUUAAUAAUAAUCAUAGAGCGAAUUUAAGAUAAAUAAAAUGCCUAAAGAUAUGUUUUCUCUCUAAAUAGCUAUUAAUUCAGAUGAAAAACUAAAGAAAAAAAUUUUAAUCAGAACUUUAAAAUAAGAAGAAGAAAAUUAGUAUCAAAGCCAAAAUAAAUUAAGAAGUGGCUCAAAUAGUCCUGUAAAAAAAGACCUAAAUUCCAAUGAGCAAUAAACUUUUAUUUAAAAAAUUCCAAGAGGCACCACAUCUUCUUUAAUGAGAUAUAAAGAACAAGCAAAAGACUAUUUUGUUAAAGAUGAUAAACCAAAGUAAUUAGAUUUUUUUAUGGAAUUCUAAAACUAUCGCCAAGAGAUAAAAGCGAAAGAGAUAUAUGAUAAACUUAAUAAAAAAGAAGCAAAAGAAGAUCCUUUUUCUCACAUAGAUUUUAAUGUUGUAUAAAAUUCAGUAUCUACCCCUUAGUCAUAAAUAUCUAAUUAAUCAACAUCUUAACAAUCUAAUACGAAUAAAUUGAUAUCAAAUAACCUUCUUCCAAAUACUACAAAAAGCAUAAACCAAACUGAUAAACCUAAAAGUAGCUAAUUCCUUAACUCUCUAAAAGCUAAUCAAUCAAUAAACUUGAUUUCUAAAUAAAAAAAUUUUAUGAAUAAUAACUUUUUCACAAGUGAAGAAGCUGAUUAUUCACCUGAAAAUAGAGAAUCUAUCCCUCCAAUACUAAAUAUGUAUAAUUCAUAAAGUAUAAGUUCACAAUCAUAAAGUAAUCUAAAUUAGUAUAAUAAAAAUUUUUCAGAGUCUUAAAGAAGCUAAUCUAAAGAUAAUAUGAGGAGAAGCUAAAGUAAUACAUAACAAUCCCACAGAAAAAUACACUUCUCAAACCAAAAUAGCAUAAAUUCAUAUCAAAAAAAUACAAAAAUUUCUAAUUUUGGAGCAAAAUUUAAUGAUUUUAAAGAAACUAAAAUAUAAUAGUUUGAAAGUGCACCAAUUUAGGUAAGAAGUAAUUUUGAAAGUCAACAAAAUGGAAUUUCAUAAAAUAAUUAAGAAAUUAGACCAGAUAAAACUUAAAACAAGCUAUUUUCAGCAGUUUAUGUAUAAAACUAGCAAGCUGAAAAUGAUAUAAGAAAUAACUUUUAGAACUCUCUGAGUUUUGUUGGACUAAGAAAUUCUAAUAAUCUACGUUUAGGAUAAAAACUUAACUAAAUUAAUGCCAGAGAUAAAAUUUUAAAAAAAUGA